AUGGACAGUGAAUAUCGAAUCAUUCUCAAUGUGGGCGGAGUUCGUCACGAAACCUAUAAGCACACACUCAAGAAAAUCCCAGCAACGAGACUCUCUCGAUUGACUACAAGUUUGGCCAAUUAUGAUCCAGUGCUAAACGAGUAUUUUUUCGAUCGACAUCCUGGCGUAUUUGCACAAAUACUCAAUUAUUAUAGAACCGGCAAAUUGCAUUAUCCAUUGGAUGUGUGUGGACCAUUAUUCGAAGAGGAGCUGAAGUACUGGGGGUUAGAUUCGAAUGAAUGUGAGCCGUGUUGUUGGAUGACGUUAUCAGGAACCAGAGACACUCAAGAUGUUCUGAAAACUCUUGAUGAGCUAGAUAUUGAAGUUGAUCAAACAGAAGGACCUGAGCUCUAUAAACGAUUUGGAUGGGAAGACGACUACCAUAACGACAGUUUGAGUGCUUGGCAAAGGCUGAAACCUCGAAUCUGGAGACUAUUCGAUGAACCAAACUCGUCCAGAUACGCCCAAUUCAUUGCGGCGAUUUCUGUCUUCUUCCUCAUCACUGCCAUCAUUGUGUUCUGUUUGAAAACUCAUCCAGGACUACGAAUUCCAGAGUUACAGCUAUUCGGAAACUUUUCUCGCAAUCAUCGAAGUAUUUCUUCACGAAUACAGCCAGCACAAAUUAAUAUUGAUAAACAGAAUUCUAGGCCUCAUCCAACUUUCAUGUACAUCGAAACAAUAUGUAACAUUUGGUUUACGAUAGAGAUAUUGGCAAGGUUUGCAUCGUGCCCGUGUCGAAUCGAAUACCUUCGAGCACCUGUCAAUAUCAUUGAUAUCGUCGCCACACUAACAUUCUACAUUGAUCUACUUUCGAGCAUGUUCGGAGCAACUGCAGACCUUGAAUUCUUUUCAAUCAUUCGUAUCAUGCGACUUUUUAAGUUGACUCAUCACAAUUCCGGUCUCAAAAUUCUUAUGCACACGUUCCGAGCAUCGGCUAAAGAACUGAUGCUUCUCGUCUUUUUCCUGGUUCUUGGAGUCGUUGUCUUCGCAUCGCUUGUUUAUUACGCGGAACGGGUUGAGAGCAAUGUUGAUAAUCAGUUUGUGUCGAUUCCUGUUGGAUUAUGGUGGGCGAUAGUAACAAUGACAACCAUCGGCUAUGGCGAUAUAACUCCUCACACCUAUCUGGGACGUUUGAUCGGUUCAGUUUGUGCUCUAGCCGGUGUGCUUACUAUUGCUUUGCCAGUUCCAGUCAUCGUAUCCAACUUCGCCAUGUUCUACUCUCAUACGCAGGCUCGUUCAAAGAUGCCCAAGAAACGCAGAGGGGUGCUUUCGAUAGAUCAGGUUGCUCCACAUGUCAAAAAUGCACCAUUCCGGAAUUCCAACGGACCGACCCUACGGAAAAACAUGGAACACACGCCGUUGGUGUCGAACAAUCACACACCUCCUCAUACACUAAUCUGA